AGUCAUUGUCAUCCAGGCCUUUUCAUCAGGUAUGGGAUGCUCCAUCGAUGCGCAAAAUCAUUGAGACUGGUUCUGUCUCUUUGAAAAAGGCCCUGAAGUAUUGGACCGUGCGGAAGAGUCUCACUUACAUGACUGUAUAUCAUGGCCUGCAGCCUACCUUCGCAUCCGUGACGAGCUGCAUCGAUGACAAUCCCAAUUCGUCAAUUGCGACAGAUCUCAGAGAAUUGUCAUCUUCCUUGCAAAAAAUCAACAUUUCCCCCAUUGGUGAAAUCUCGACACCCGUCUCACAGCAAACAGCGCGGACGUCUACCAGCACCAGUACGACUCCUUUAACCAGCGGAAGCAUGACUCAACAUAAGUCUCCAGUACAGCCGAACGCAGAUGGCGAGACAGCAUUUUCACCGCCACAGGCCUGGUCGCCUGUAUCAAGUAUCUAUGUCCCGCAAAGCAAGUCCCCAAUAUCUCAAGAGCCGUCACCGCAUCUGAAAGCUAUAUCUAUUCCCCGACCUAGAAAACAUGCAAAUAGGAUCCGGAAGAAGCCACCCCCGGAAGAUCGAACAUGCAAGGUGUGCGGCUUGGUCCUUUCCUCAGUUGGAAACAAGAAUCGUCAUGUUGACGAUAAGCACCAACCUGUCAAUGGCUCCGGUGGAGGUGAUGGCCUGCCACAGGAAUCUGGCCCAGUCACGGGUUCACUGUCGGGGAUGCUUGCACGGAAACCUCACUUUUGUCGAUUCCAUUGUGGGGCGAGGUAUGCGCAGGCAAGGAAUCGCGAUGAUCACGAGAGGAAGCAGUGUAGGAAGAGGGGCGCUUCUUACGGGGUUGGGCAGGGGUGAGGAGUUUUUGGUCUUUAGCAUGCAUACAUUAGAUGAUUGAAACGAAUGACACGAUCGUGCAGUCUUGUUAAAGUGUCUUUAUACUUCCUGGGCUUCUGAUCGGGGAAGAGAGAAUUGAAAGA